AUGACUGCCCAGCACCCCACGGUCGCCGCCUCCGCGCCCGCCAAGGUCCUCCUCGCGGGCGGCUACCUCGUCCUCGACAGGCGCCAUUCCGGCCUGGUGUUUGGCCUGAGUGCCAGGAUCAACGUCGUCGCCGGGCAGAUUCACACCGGGCCCGGGGUCCAGCUGAACGAGAUUGUGGUCGACAGCCCGCAGUUCCUGGAUGCCCAGUGGCGGUAUGGCUACCACCUGGCCCCGGAGGGGGGGGGGAUCAAGGUGACGCAGCUGCAAGCCGGCUCUGCCAUCCGCAAGAACCCGUUCGUGGAGACGACUCUCAGCUACGUGCUCACCCAUGUGCACCGCAUCCAAGGCCAGCAGCAUUCGUCCCAAAGCCCGACGUCCGCACGCCUCAUCAUCCUCGCCGACAAUGACUACUACUCCCAGGCCACCCCCGCGGCCAACCAGCCCGGCCGCUUCGCCAAGUUCACCGUGCCGCUCAGCCGCGCCCACAAGACCGGCCUGGGCUCGUCCGCCGCCCUCGUCACCGCCCUCGCCGCCGCCCUGCUCGCCCACUACCUCCCCGACCACCUGUUCGACAUGGCCUCCCCCCGCGGCCGCGCCGUCCUGCACAACCUCGCCCAGGCGGCCCACUGCGCCGCCCAGGGCAAAGUCGGCUCCGGGUUCGACGUGGCCGCCGCCGUCUUCGGAUCCUGCCUGUACCGCCGCUUCUCCCCGCACAUCCUGGACCAGCUCCCCGAGCCCGGGAGCCCCGGCUUCAGCGAGAAGCUGGCGUCCGUGGUGGACGGACCCCCGUGGGACGUCGAGGUGCGCCCGCAAGGGGUGCGGCUUCCCGAUGGCCUUGCCCUGCGCAUGUGCGACGUCGACUGCGGCAGCCAGACGGUCGGCAUGGUCACCAAGGUGCUCGCGUGGAGGAGCCGCGACGCCGCGGCCUCGGAGACGCUGUGGCGCGAGCUGCAGAAGCGCAACGACGAGCUCGCGGCAGCGCUAAAGGACGGCCAGGUCGACGACGACGACGACCAGCUGGCUGGCGCCAUCCGCGCGGUGAGGCAGCUGGUCCGCCAGAUGGGCGACCUGAGCGGCGUGCCCAUCGAGCCCCAGCCGCAGACGGAACUGCUCGACGCCCUCGGCGCCGUGCGAGGCGUGCUGGGCGGCGUGGUGCCCGGCGCGGGCGGCUUCGACGCCCUGGCCUUGCUCAUGAGGGAUGACGAGGAGACGGAGAAGCGGGUCCAGGCGAGGCUCGCGCAGUGGAGCAGAGACACGGGCGCCAAAGUGCGCCUGCUCGACGUAAAGGGGGAAAUGGAGGGCGUGAGGAGCGAGGACCUGGGUAUCUAUGCCGGAUGGCUGUGUGACUGA